AGUGUGCACCUUGGCCAACAGAGAACAAAGAAGAAGAAGAAGAAGAAGAAGAAGAAGAAGAUCUGCAGUGUUUUCUGUCAAGAGUCAUCCUGGUCACCUAGGGAUAAGAGUACAGGAAUAUGGUUUUUGAAGAGAAGACGAUCAUGCACGGAGAGCCCGAUGAUGAGGAGGAAGAAGAGGAAGAGCAAGAAAUGGUGGAUCCUAUUGAAACGGUGCGACAGACAUGUGCAGAGACAGAGCACUGCGUCCAAACUCGGGAGCACCUGGAGCAGUGUGAGACCAGAGUUGGCUCUCGGUCUUCGACGCAAGAGAAUUGCACUGAGGAGCUCUUUGACUUCCUGCAUGCUCGGGACCACUGUGUGGCACACAAACUUUUCCAUUCUGUCAAAUGAAGUCCUUCCUGUUUGAUGACUUUGUUCAGAUAUUGCUAUAAAAGGAGAAUAUGGUAUUAAAUACAUCUAUAUAUGGUUCUGCUGUAUGUUGUAAUUUUAAAUGUGUACUAUACUGUAUCUGCUCAUGUGAAGAAAUGUAUUUAACGGGGUAGUCUGAGUCAACAUUUCAUUAAAGCAGAUGGUGUGAAAUCCUUA